CACUUCCCUGAUUUUAUGGGGUUCUCUCUUCCAAUUCAGGCAGGAUUUCCACCUGGAGUUGUGAAUAUUGUGCCCGGCUUUGGACCCACUGCUGGAGCAGCAAUUUCUCACCACAUGGACAUAGACAAAGUGUCCUUCACAGGCUCUACUGAGGUUGGCAAAUUGAUCAAGGAAGCAGCAGGGAAGACCAAUCUGAAGAGAGUUACACUGGAACUUGGAGGAAAAAGUCCUAACAUUAUAUUUGCAGAUGCAGACUUGGAUGAAGCUGUGGAAUUUGCACACGUUGGUCUGUUCUACCACCAAGGACAGUGUUGUAUAGCAGGAUCCAGAAUAUUUGUGGAGGAGCCUAUUUAUGAUGAGUUUGUUCGCCGGAGCAUUGAACGAGCAAAGAAGUACAUUCUUGGGGAUCCUCUGUCGCCUGGCGUACAGCAAGGUCCUCAAAUUGAUAAGGAGCAGUUUCAAAAAAUCCUGGAUCUAAUUGAGAGUGGGAAAAAAGAAGGAGCCAAACUGGAAUGUGGAGGAGGUCCAUGGGGAAACAAGGGUUACUUCAUCCAGCCCACAGUUUUUUCUAAUGUUACGGAUGAUAUGCGCAUCGCCAAAGAAGAGAUAUUUGGACCUGUUCAACAAAUCAUGAAGUUUAAAACUAUAGAUGAAGUUAUCAAGAGGGCAAAUAACACUACCUAUGGCUUAGCAGCAGCAGUUUUUACCAAAGACAUUGAUAAAGCACUGACAUUUGCAGCUGCUCUUCAGGCUGGGACAGUGUGGGUUAACUGUUAUAGUGCAUUGUCCGCUCAGUGUCCUUUUGGAGGAUUUAAGAUGUCAGGAAAUGGAAGAGAACUGGGAGAAUACGGCCUUCAUGAAUACACUGAAGUUAAGACUGUCACAAUCAAGAUUCCACAAAAGAACUCAUAACUCUUCUUGAUGUGCAGAAUUUAGUUUCUUCAGAUGAAACUGAAGAAGCUAUUUGAAUUCUGAAAUGCUUUAUGUCCUGCAUUAUUCAUUAACCUUUUUGCUUUCUGAUUGUAAAAGAAAAGCUUGCUUACAUUAACAAUAUAAUAAAGUAGAAAAUUUAAUGUAAUUAACUAAGAAAGGGAAAAUUUCAUGUUUGGAAAAUGACUAACUUCUUUGAAAUGUUUGUUAAGGAUUAUUUUUAUUUUCAGUGGAAGCUCUUCAUAGUGUUAUGGAAAUGGUCCUUUUACUUUAUAUUUUGCAAGUACUGUUAGAAUUUGUGUGGUCUUGUAAAUGUUAGAUGGCAAGCUGUCUUUUCUUUGUGACCUUAAAAAAAGCACUUAUGAGUAACUAGCAGGUGAAUACUAUUUUGUUUCUUUCAAAAAUAAUAGACUUCUUCUAGAUAGCUUUCUACAACUGCUAAAUUCUUUCAUCAUACUGAGUACUACACAAAUGUAAUCUGGAUACUAUUAAAGAAUGAUAAAAUCCUACUUCAAAAAUGAAA